GAGAGAGGAAAAGGCGUUUCCACGUUUCGGCAGCCGGUCACACAGUACCAGACUUCAGCGCGCGCAGAUUCUCCGAGAGAUUCCGACCAAACCCGAACCCAGCAUUCCUCCGUUAUCUCCCACGAGCUCAGACUGACAGCUGACCUGAGCCGUGUCCCUUUCACGGCAGCGGCUCCCUCUGACCAAACAAAAAAAAAAAAACAACAAAAACCAUUGACCCAUCAUCACUCGAAGCCGUAAAACUGAACCAGACGAGGUGGACUCAAUUCCUCUCACCCCUCCCCAGCACCACGUCUGUGCUCUCUGAGGCCGACACCGACACACUCCGAGGAAAAUCUUUCGACCUGCUGCUCCCCUCGCCUCUGUCUUGUAACCGACUCAUUUUGCUGCGCCCGGGAUCAUGGCGGAGUACACCUCUUUGCUCAGCGACCUGUCUGAAAACAUAACCAACGAGGACUUGGAGCAGCUCAAGUCAGCCUGCAAGGAGGACAUCCCUGAAGACCAGAGCAACAACAUCACCUCCUCCAAGGAGUGGUUCAGCUACCUGGAGAAGAACGACAAGCUUGCCCAAGAUAACUUGUCUUACAUCGAGCACAUCUUCGAGAUCUCUCGGCGGCCAGACCUGCUGACCAGGGUGAUAGAGUACCGCACCACUGUGCUCAAGAUCUCCGAGGACGACGAGAUCGACACCAAGCUCACACGUAUCCCCUCCGCCAAGAAAUACAAAGACAUCAUCCGCCAGCCCUCUGAAGAUGAAAUCAUCAAGUUGGCACCUCCUCCUAAAAAGGCAUGAGGUCAAUGUCCGGAGUCCCAAUCUUGGCACCUUGAUUUGUUCCACUUCCGGCACUCAGAUCAUCUAACCAAACAUUUUCCAUCAGUCCUGUUAACCCACCUCAGUCUCCCCGACACCACCUCCAGACAUAUACACACACAUACACAUGCAUCGCUCCCUACCAUCCCCUGCCUCCUUAGGUACCACAAAUGACACUGGACCACGCAAGACGCUGUCAACAGCGUCAACCAAUCAGAUCGUAGCGACGCAGCCCCUUCCCCAGCUGAGGGGGGAUGGGAAGUUGCGGAAAAAAAAAAGAGAGAAAAAAAAAAAAAGACACUUCAAGAUAAAAUGUGGAGAUGGACCAACAUAGUAUGUGUGUGAGGAGAACACUGAAGUCUGUCCUGGAUGCUGAGUGGGUCAGUUCUGAAUGAGUGUUUCGUGACGUUGCGUGUCCAUGUCGUUUGAAGGUCGCUAAGCAUGAAACAAAAACUAGGCUAACCCAUGAUGAAGCAGAAAUUACAGACCCUGUGUCUGAGUAAAAUAAAAAACUUACAAGGCUAUAUUUUAUUCUGAAAUUCUUAAAAAAAACCUACAGAACUUAAAAUAUGAAAUUACAUUUGUGGGAAUAAGUGCAGUGAUUAUGUCACUGCAACUUAUAUUUUGUCUUUGCAAAUUUAUCUAAAUUUAACUUGAUUGUACAACAUAGCCAAACUUUUAAGACCAUAUUAAUAUUUGAGCACUAAAACAACUAAGUGCUUUAGAUGAUAGAAAACACUGUCAGAAGAUAACCACCAGGUAAGGCUCAAUGGUUGAAAAACAAAACAAAAUCUUACACAUUGUCGGGUUUUUUUUUGUGAAGGUGCUUGUGUUAGCUUGUAGCUAGCUUAAUAAAUAUUCGAGUCUGUUUGUGUUAAGAGGAAUAGUCUAGAUGCCAAACUCACAUCUGUCGAUUAGCCAAAAGUUAGCAUUAGUGCUAAACUUGAACAAAGAUCGAGUCGUUUUUGCCUCCCUGUUCCAAGACAGUAAGCUGAGCUAAGCUAACUUCUUCAAGCGAGCUGCAAGGGAGCGUCGGUUUCCUAAUAUCAGAGGGUGACUCACGGGAAAAUAUGUCUCCACAAAUCUAGUUGUUCCUUACUGCGUCAUUAGGUUCACCGAGUUACUUGAAGCUAAAUGCUAAUGUCAAAUUUUAUCAAUGGAAGAGUCUCUGUUCCCCCAAGGCUCUGAGCGUUCCCAUCACCCUAACAUGAUUAACGAGGUCAUGCUUCAAGAGCAAGAAACAUGUCGAAUAUUUUAGUGAAACAUAUUUAAAAUUGCCGAUAUUUGCCUUUAGCUUGUAGUCACUUCAAAGAGUUAUUUACAGGAGAUAUUUAGCUGUAACAUUUAUUUCUUCGCAAUGGAAGAUCCCUUUUUGUUGGGAACUUUUCAUUAUUGGGACCAGUCAGAGUGAAUGUUCUUUUUAGGGACAGGUUAGAGAUGUAAAUAAAUAAUAUAUUCCAAGAACAUAUAGUAGAAGUAAUAUAAUGAUCCACAGUUUAUGCUCUUUGGGGCAAACUCUAGCUCUAGCAAGAACCACAUAUAGGUUCAGUUAGUGUAGCUAGUUUCAAUAAAAAGUUCAGCUAAUCCCAAACCAUCUAACAUCUCUUUGUAAGCAAAGAGAAGUUGGGCUACAUCAUCCCUACGUACAUUUUGGGAGAGUUGGACAUUGUAUGUUGGUUUUCUCGUUAUGUAGCCUGUUUUAAGCAUCUUUGUUAUCGUAUUUGUCGUUCAGAAAACAAUAGACCAGUGUAUUUUGAAAGACUACUCAAGGCUUCUGAGAGGAAAAAUAAAAAAUAAAAUCAGUUUUACGUGAUCAUUCAAAUUCCUUACUCAAACUUCAACGGUCCCUAUAAUGCACACAGCGGCUCAUUAUCGGACCACGCCAUUUCCGCCAUGCACCGACACGAAAAGAAAAGCUAGCAGACUGUUGAAUCUAAACUUUAAUGACCACUCUUCUGAACACUGUGUAUCUUUUCUCCCAUGACAAAGCCUUAGCAGAGUUUUUGCGUUUACUCCCCCUGAAUUUUUAUUCUUUUUUUUUUUUUUCUCCACAACUGUGAGCAUUCAGGCGUGUGAAAAGUAGCGACGGGCGUCGGCGGCACACGCGUUAGGUCAAUCAAAGCAGCUCUCCAUUUUAAAGAGAGCUGUGUGACUUUUCUUUUUCUUUGUAAAGAUUUGCUAAGGACUUCAGUGUUGGCGAGUACAGAAUGUGUGUGGUCUAUUUUGUUUGUCGUCCUCAAAGCUGUGGGAUUUGAAACUGAGGUAUCGAGAUCUUUCAGUUGUAAUGACUAGUUAUUUACCCGAGCACUGACUCGCUUGUAUUCCUUUGCCACUAUGCUCCAAUUCAACCCUAGUGCCAACGAUCGAGACGUUUCGUUUGGAUCACGGUUUGUGUGAUCUGUUUUUGUUUUUACUUUAUAUAGCUUGACUUGUAUUGUAUUGCUGGACAGAUUUGUAUCCUAUGCAUCAAUGUCUGUAAGAAAAAAAAACCUUCACAAACUACAAUUUUACAGAAUGAAAUCUUUUCUUUGUCCUUCGCAGGACCUGCUUUGUAUUAAAUUUGCAUGAUCUCUUUGCAAAGUAGAUUUGACUUUUGGCCGUAGAAACUUGACAAUACACACCUUUAGAAAGAGAAAGGGGCAAUAGCUGGAAACUGGGGUAAAAACAAACCUUUUUUAUGUUUUGGCACUGAAUAUUACUUUUGCUGCAUUCCUUCAUCCAUUUAAUUUUUCCAAUACUUCACAUUUCAAUAACUAUCAGUUGUUAGUAAUAUAUUUUUGCUAUUUAUGCCUAUUAUUACGUAUAAAAUUUGGUCUCAUGGCAUUAAAUUGAGAAAAUGUAUCGUUUCACUUUGACUGUUGACUAAGACAAUGCAUAAUUUAGAUCAUUUUAACGUUUUUUGGAGGGGCGUGGGGUAAGUUAAUUGUCACCAGUUUGUAUCUGUGUUUGUUGCCAUUCUUCUCGUAUUCACAAAUAACCACAUCAUACCUUUGUGUAACAAAUGCAUGUCGGCGUAUUUGUCUUGGUAUUGUGAAAAAGUUAUAACAACAAUUACCAAAAAGGCUAAAAAUAUUUCUUUGCAACAUCCCAAAUGUGGACUAUGUGUUAAAAAUAGCAUGUUGAACAUAUUGAGGUGUCAAAUUGAUUUUUUUUCUAUCCCAGUUUCCAGGCUUGCCCUUGCUUGACCAAACACUCGGUGAAUUGGUGUUAGGUCUUCUUUGAAUUGGAGCUUUUGAACACAAAGUGAAUCCGUCUCACAGGGUAGCAAUGACCUCUGCAUAACGCUAAUUCCCAGUGUUACAAUGCACGCCGCUGCCUUGGCUAAAUGUCGAACUGCCAGUUCUGUUGAGCAAGUUUGGCUAUUUGUACAAACCAUACCAAAAGACAGAUUUAUCUUUGCAUGCGUUUCCAAUAUUUGACAUAAUGUCAUUAAAAGAGGUUAGGGGCCAAUGAUUUUACCCUCUUUUAUUUGAAGUAGAUUUUGAAUACCAGCUUGUGAAUUUCAAUGUGUGAUUUCUUUUUUUGUUUUUUGCUUUUCUCUUCUCUCCCAAAUAGAAUUUCAAUUAGCUGUGGACUAAACAACUGUUUUGUUUUGGGGGUUUUUGUAUAGAUUUUGCAAAUCUCUUGCUGCCUCAUGGUAUCCCGAUGACCGCUUUGGUUUGAACAUGUUUUAAAACCGCGUUUCCGUCAAAAUGUGGCUAUGCUGAGCUUUUUUUUGUUGUCGUUGUUUUUCCCGAAGAUUACUUUCACCAAGUAAGCUAUUCAUGGGAGAUCCUAAAAGGCAGCUCCCAUGAACAGCGCAGUCCCUCCGACUUUUAACACAACGCAAGUCACAUUUUUGACGUAGCUUAGCUUAUUUUCUGUGUAGCCAUUGGCGCAUAAUAUCAACAUAUCAGCCACAGAUGAUGUCAAAUUUGGAUUUCCAUGUACAAAUUACAUAUCAGUUCGGUAAAUGCUGCAAAAGUAUAAGCCUAUUGUGUUUAAGGUGAAUACAUAAUUAGAACCAAUGUGUGAGGCAAACAUGCUUCGGACGUAUUUAGCAUGUGAUGCUAACAGUCGACUAAAAUCCAUUCCAAUAUUUUCCCUCAAAAAAUUACAGUUUUUUUUUCUUUACAUUUUAAUUGGUUGUAAAUAUGUAUUUUGGAUGUAUGUCGCAAUGUUUGUUUUUAAAUUGAUUAAUUUAUUUAAUGCCUAUAUAUUGUUUUUACAUGUCUUGAUUUUGUUUUACUAACUGGAAACAUGUCAAAGGGUUGGUUAAAAACCAUUUUGACCUUGUAUUAAUUUCUAUCUUCAUUUAUGAUUUGCUGUUUCAGCUUUGGGUGAUGGUUUUUCAAAGGUAAAAAAAACAACAAAAAAAAAAAAGAAAUACGUAGUAUUCAUUUAUUUGUAUUUUCCAAUGUGUAACUUUAUGUUCAAAUGUGUUGUAUUUUGAUGAGAUGUGUCGUGGUCACUGCUUGUACAUUUUUUUUUUAUUCAGUUUCCAAAUCAUGACAAAAAUAUGAAGGUUUUGGCUAAAGUUAGUACUUUGGUCGUUGCUAGCAUGUUAGUUCGAAAAAAGGGGAAGAAGUCUCAAACUGUUGAAACUAAGCUAUCUAAAUCACUCCUAUUGGUGUCACAGGAUAAAACUAUUAAGGUGGAAACGAGCAAAAUUGAUUUUAAUUGAAGUAAACUCAAAACUAAAUAUGCUACACAUCUAGCUAGGAACAUAUUUUAAGCACAAUAGCUAGCUAGCUUGAUGAAAUCGUUGAGUGGAGUAUGUGAGCUAAAUCUUUUAAAUCAAGGAUUUAAGCAACAAAAAUAACAAAUGCUAACAAAGUUGUCCUUUUAUUACCCUUUUCUAUUACUUACAAAUUACUAGUUCAUUUGUUAACACCAUAACUUUUUAAUGUGCUGUUCAGGGUGUUUUUUUCAUUUGCUGCUUUAUGGCUCAAGGUAGAUAGAUGUUAGUGACUAGUCGAAGGGUGUGUGUUUGAGGUGAAGAGGAGGUAGCUGUAAGCCGAAAUGAGUCGAGUAAGUAGUUAGAGUUGUGGGGAAAAAAUAUUUAAGAUGUAAGCUGAGCAACAUGUGAAUAUUUGUAACAUAAAAGACAUCAAUUUGUGCAAAUAUUUACAGUUGGCACUAUGAAGUGAAAAUGUCACAAUGCAAUCUUUGUAGAUGUAUAAUUUAUUUCUUAACCCGACUGUCACUGUAAUAAGUGCUGGUUGAAGCUGCACAGUAACAAACUAGUGUUGUUUUUUUUUUCUUUUCUUUUCAAAGCAGUAUUAUUAAAUAUCGUAUUACCUGCACACGUUGCAGGCAGCUGGGCUGAACGGACGUAGACGCACGUGGCCGACAUUUACCAAAUGUCCCGUUGUUCAUGGGAAACGGUCUCGGUUUCCGGUCAGUCUGUGGCUGAAGCUGAGAGGCGCGAGGGCGUGCGUUUUUGCGACAGAGUAAGAAGAAGCUACUUUGAAGUGAUGUAGUUUAGCGCUUUUCGUUUUAAGCUCGUCGUUGUGUCGGGCUCGGAGGGUUCACGUAAGGCUGGAAACAUUCCUGUGGCGGGAUUUAGGGCUUUGACGGCAGCCUUACUGUUUUUAAAAAUGUGAGUUUUUGUGUGCGGACAGAACCCCUGUGACAGCAUCACUUAUGUGUAUUUUUGUUGUACUCGAGAAAAUGAGAAAUGUUUUGGGUUGAGCAAGGUUUUUUUUUUUUUUAAUCUCUAUAAUCUCAUUCAGUUUGCUUAUUUCUCUCGUUUCCUGCUUGCCCGUUUCGUGAAUUGCGUCGCCCUCAAAUGACGUAGUAAGCGGCAGUCCGUCUUGUCCUCUCAUGUUAGUUAGAACUGAACAUUCCUAAAAAUAAAAGGUAGCCCCGUAGACGUGCUGCUGUUCAACGUCGUACACAACUGACUUGGUUUGAGACAAUAAAAUGACCCAGCUCUUUCCCAGCGUUAUUAACACAGGUGUGCUUAAUUUCCAAGCUAACGAGGAGCGAUACUGCGUUAGUUAUUCGUUCACGUUCCGCUUACAUAACCGCGUUAGACGCCAUCGGCUCGAUGCUGUUACAAGUUUUCUGUUAGAGUGCCCUCUGCUGGGGGUGAGAAGUACUUCAGGAUCAUGUUGCAGUGAUCGUAUUAGAUAAGAGGGGAAAAAUAAUCAUGUGGCUUUUUCUUUUCUUUUUUUUGUCAUGAUUUAUGAGACUGAACUGAAAUUAUGCCAUUUUUGUCAUUGUGCUAAAAUGAAUAUAAAUAUUAUAUAUUAAAAUAUAUUUGCUAACCAAA